AUGGAUAACCUUGGCAAGAUCUCGGCUUUCGGAAAGAGCUUCGGUGCUUCCUUCACACCCUUCGCUGCCAGAACACAGCAGUAUGUCAAGGAGCAGCUUGGUCAGGCCGAGGAGAAGACCCAGCUCCCCCCAGACUACAUCGAGCUCGAAAAGCGCGUCGAUGCGCUGAAGAAGGUGCACACGACCAUGCUCCAGGUCACCUCGCAAUACUCCAACGAAGCCUAUGACUACCCUGCCAACCUCCGCGAGUCCUUCAACGAUCUUGGGCGCACCGUUUCAGAGAAGGUCAACCUCCUGUCGAGCGCGACCUCCCCCGCAGAGGCUCAGGCCGCCCUCACUGCGCCUCCUUCCGCAAAGCCCCAGCCCAAGACGUUCAGCCAUGCCGUUGCUCGCGCGUCCCUCAAUAGCUCGCACAUGCUUACCGCCGAGCAGUCCGGCUCUAGCGAGGACCCCCUGGCUACUGCCCUCGAGAAGUAUGCCAUCGCCAGUGAGAAGGUUGGAGAGGCGCGUCUGGCACAGGACGCCCAAAUUCAGAGCAGGUUUCUGGCUGGCUGGAGCACAACCCUCAACACCAAUAUUCAGUUCGCAACACGUGCUCGCAAGCAGGUCGAGAACUCGAGACUGAGCCUGGAUGCCACCAAGGCCAACGCCAAGGGUGGUGCUUUCACUCUGCCCGGUCAGGCGGGUCGCAAGAACGGCACUGGCGAGGAGGACUUGAGCGAGGAGGCUCGUGCUAAGAUCGAGCAGGCUGAGGAUGAGUUUGUUGGCCAGACGGAGGAAGCCGUUGGUGUCAUGAAGAACGUCCUGGACACACCCGAGCCUCUUCGUAACCUCGCCGACCUCGUCGGCGCCCAGCUCGAAUAUCACAAGAAGGCAUACGAGAUCCUAGCGGAAUUGGUACCGAUUAUUGAGCAACUGCAGGUUGAGCAGGAGCAAAAGUACCGCAACCCCCACUGAUCGGUUCGUUUUAUAGGCCGGCUACCGCAAGGCUCGUGAGGGAGCUUAA